GUAGCUUUGAAUGUCUGACGACACUCGUCAAAAAGCCGCCAUAUUUCUUUCUUGUGUGCGUUGGAUCUCACCGUGUCACGAUGAGUUCCCUCAAGCUGCAGAAGAGGCUUGCAGCCUCUGUUAUGCGAUGUGGUAAAAAGAAAGUGUGGUUAGAUCCAAAUGAAAUCAAUGAAAUCGCCAACACUAACUCGAGACAGAACAUCCGUAAAAUGAUCAAGGAUGGUCUUGUCAUCAAGAAGCCAGUAGCGGUACACUCCCGUGCCCGUGUCCGCAAGAACACUGAAGCCCGCAGAAAGGGUCGUCACUGUGGUUUUGGUAAACGGAGAGGUACUGCAAAUGCCCGAAUGCCACAAAAAGAACUAUGGGUACAAAGACAAAGGGUGCUCCGUAAACUGCUCCUCAAGUACAGAACAGCCAAGAAGAUUGACAGACAUCUGUACCACGCUCUGUACAUGAAGGCGAAGGGUAAUGUGUUCAAGAACAAGCGUGUGCUCAUGGAGUACAUCCACAGAAAGAAGGCUGAGAAGGCUAGGACUAAGAUGUUGAGCGACCAAGCUGAGGCCCGUCGUAACAAGGUGAAGGAGGCCCGCAAGCGGCGCGAGGAGCGUAUCGCGGCCAAGAAGGAGGAACUACUGCAGACGUUCGCGCGGGAAGACGAGGCGGCAGUUACAGCUAAGAAGUAAAAACAUCCAAUAAACGUAUUGGGUAAA